AUGGGCGGCCGGGGAUCGAAGAGCAGCGUUCAGCCCCUCUCCAGCACAGAGGAUGUGGACGCGGCGCCAACCUCGCCCGCUGGCGCUGGGAGCCCCCGGAAGUCCAUCUUCGGCCUAGACGGCCUGGAUGCCUCGAAGGUCUUGACUCAUCGGAAGACGCGGCAGAUGCAGCCGCAGUCUGAAGAUCUGCGUCAACUGGUGAGAAGUACAGAAAAUGGUAUGUGGGACAUAGAAGACAAUCAAGGCACCAGAAAGCCUUUACCACCCUUGGCCGUUACCUGGUUUAAGAACCGGAACCUGGAGGCUUUGCACGGCUCUCUGGCAUUCGUGCCCUGGAUCGUGCAACAGGCCUAUCUGCAGGGAGAAGUGGACGAUGGAAACAUUGUCCUUCAUCGUGGCUCUGGUGCUGUGGUCUUUUCCGAUGCCAGCGGCUUUACGGCCCUGACGGAGCGGCUCGCAAAGAAGACCAAUGGGGCGGAGCUGCUGUCGCAGUGCCUGACCUCCUUCUUCACGCCGUUGAUCCAGCUGAUCAAUGCAUACCGGGGCGAUGUCAUCAAGUUCAGUGGAGAUGCGCUCAUGAUCUAUUUUCCUGCAGUGGACGACACAGAGGUUGGGGACCAGAGCAAGUUCAAGGUGCCCCCGCACGGCUCAUACCACCAGCCGGACAUUGGGCCCAUGGCGACUGCAGUGCUCAGAGCUUGCGCAUGCUGCAUAGAGAUCCAGAAACGGCUGCAUAUGUUCGACACGGGCGUCGACGGGGUCCGCCUGUGCCUUCACAUUGGCCUGGGAUGCGGCGAGAUUGCAAUUCUGCAAGUGGGCGGCGUGGAGCCGCCGGAAAUUGCUAUCCCCCGCUGCGAGUACAUCAUCGCAGGUGCCCCCUUGGAGCAGAUCUCCAUUGCUGAGCCUUUAGCCAAAAAUGGAGAGACCUGCCUCAGUCCACAAGCCUGGGAGCAUGUCCAGAAUUAUGUGAUUCCGGACAAGAGUCGUCAGCUUGACAACGACAACUUCCACUUGCUCCUGAAAUUGGACGAGUCGAAGUUUACCUUUCCGACUGUGAAAGCUUCAGCGCAGGAGCGUGACACUCGGAAAGACUUGCAGUUCACCAUCGCGGAGCUGGACAUUAUUCGAAAGUUUGUGCCCUCUGCCGUCUUCAAGCAGAUCGAAGAUGGCACCCUGACGUACGUGAACGAGAUGAGAAACAUCUCCACGCUGUUUAUCUCCUGCUCUGGCGUCGAUGUGUCGACUGAUGAGGGUGCAGACACGGCUCAGGAGCUCAUGGUGUCUGUGCAGCGCAUCUGCUACGCCAACGAAGGGACCUUGAACAAGUUCCUGAUCGACGACAAGGGGAUGCUGUUCUUGCUUGCCUACGGCCUGCCGCCCUUGGUUCAUACCGACGAUGCCACGAGGGCUGUGCUUUCGUGCUUCGACAUCGUCCGCGCCUUCAUCAAGCUGGGCCUCGUGGCCCGCUGCGGCGUCUCUACUGGCCGAGCCUACUGCGGAGUUUGCGGAAGCGCCGAGCGCAUGGAGUACACGGUCCUGGGUGAUGCAGUCAACUUGUCUGCGCGGCUGAUGGCCAACGCACCAGCGAACGGCAUCCUCGUGGACGAAGAGACGAGGACACGCUGCACGGUGGAGCUCAAUUUCGAAGAUCUGAAGCCCAUCAAGGUCAAAGGCAAGGAGCAGGCUGUGAAGAUCUUCAGGCCGCAGCUGGCCAUCACCAGUCCUCACAUAGGUGUCGGGCCGGAGGGGAAGAUUCUGUUUCCCUGGUACGAGCGCAGCUUGACGGCUGGUGCCCAGGGAGACAAGACGACCAUCGCCGAGGUUCUACAGACAAACGUCAUGAAGCUUUGUGGUCUGCCGGAUUGGGAUGGGGUCUGCAAGGUGCAAAGUUGGCUUGGUGGCUCCUAUGACAAGGUCCUUCACCAAGAACCGCCUAGGGCUCCGUCUACACGACCCAGCAGGCUGGAGAACCCUCCAUCCAACAGUCCUUUUUCCAGCGGUGGCUCCGUGGUGUUGCACGGCCCGGCAGGGUUGGGCAAGAUUGAGCUGGCACAGCAUGCUGUCGUCUAUGCAGCACAAAAGUAUUUUAUGAUGCCUGUUAUUGGGACCAUGGGCCCGCGGACGCAAGACCUGGCCCGAAUGGGCGCCGAGCUGGUUCGGAGUUGCUUGGGAGCUUAUCGCCAUGCAGUUGAUCCAUCGCUUCCAGACGACGAAGGGCAGGCUUUGAGCAAGCUCCUUCCUCACCUGGAAUCAGUGGACAAGCUUCCGGACCUUCUUCGAGAUGCCUACGAAGGUGGCGUGCAGGAGGAUACCCGUGUGUCUGCGCUUCACGAGCUUGCAGAUGUUGCUGCAUCUCUUAUAGAACGGCUGCGGAGCCACGUUGCUGUCAUCAUUGUAUGCCAGCUCGAGUUCGGCACCACGCUGUUCGACAAGACCCUGGGCGGCUUCAACUGCUUCUAUGAGGUAGUGUCCAAGCUUCUGAGACUCGCGGAAGAGAAGACGAGCAACCCAGUUGUUCUCUUCACUCUCUGCAAGAAUCCGGACACAAAUCACGAGUUCGUGAAGGCAUCAGCUGCCCGAAACUGGGUCGUGGAGCUCACGGGUCUGUCGGAGGACAUCUGCCAGGAGUAUAUGGCCGCCCACUUGGAGGUGCCCAUGUCGUCCAUACCCGACAGCGUGACCAACUUUGUGUCCAAAAUUUCACUGGGAAAUCCGCUGUACAUUCGCGAAUCCUUGGGUCAACUCUUCCUGGACGGCCACCUCAAGGUGGAGCGAGAAGCCGACACGGAUCCUUUGUUGUACCAGAACACUGAGGAUCUUGAGACGGUUGAUAUUGCGACGUGGUCGCACACAGCAAUGGUCGGAGAGACCAUGUGUCUCCUAGAGUCCUUGGACCCUCUGGAGGCGGCCGUGGUGAAGAUGAGCACCGUCUUCUCCAGCAGCUUCUCCCUCUCUGACCUGGCCUCGAGCACCUGCUCCAGGUGGUCUGGCUCCAACUUUUUCGACUACAUGCGUCUCUUCCAUGCAGUGCAGGACCUGGAGAAGCGCGGAAUUGUCCAGAAGAUUGCAGUGGCGCGGAAAGUGGAAACGACACAACUUUUGGUCAGGAGCCACUCCGUGCUGACCGGCCGGCGAGGCAGCAAGCAGGAUGAGAAGCCCAAGGGAAGGAAAUCUCUGAAGGACACCAAGGAGAGCUCUUCAGCCCGGGAGCUGCAGAUGUUCGCCAUGAACAAUGUGCUGAUCCGCAAAGUCGGAAGCUCCAUGCUGCUAGAGGCGCAGAAGAAGAAAGUCAAAAGGCAGGCGUUGAUUGAGCGUGCUUUGAUUCGAGAUCUGCCAGCUCGCAUAGAAGAGCUUCAGAAGAAGAAGAAGGAGCCGCACAUCCCCUGGUUCCUCGGUCGAGUGCUUGGGCGUCGGCGCGCUGGCACGGAGAAGGAGGCCAAGCCAACCAGCAUGGCCGAACUGCUGCGGUUUGCCUUGCCUGCUUUGGGGAUCAGCUUGUCUGGGCCGAUUCUCAGCAACAUUGACAAUGCCUUUGUGGGAAGACUUACCGGGCCAGAAGGCCUGGCUGCGCUUAGUCCGGGCACUGUCGUGGCUGACUACAUGCUGUAUUUGCUCGUCUUUCUGCCGCGUGCAACUGUCGGGCUCGUGUCACGGGCCUUCGCUAGCGGUGGAGCAAAGGCCGCCCAGCCAGAGCUGCAGCGGGCCCUCAGCGUGGCGAUGCCAAUCGGCGUCACCCUCUCCGUCGUCUACUUGACUUGCACGGAGUCAAUCCUCAAGAUGUUGCACGUCGCUCCAAACCUCAUUCCUUACGCUGCGACCUACGCUCGCGUGCGGGGCGCAGUCACCUGGGCUGCUUUGAGUCAGACCGUUUGCCUUUCCGCGCUUCUGGCAACCAAAGAUUCGUGGACACCUCUGAAGGUUGUCGGAGUAGCCGCUGUUGCCAACUGCUGCGGAGAUUUCGCUCUCUGUGUGUGGCCCUUCCGUUUGGGAGUCGGGGGCGCCGCUGCAGCCACGUCGAUUGCAACGCUGCUGAGCUUUGCGCUGAUGGUGCGUGCACUGAGGGCUAAGGAGCUGCUUCCAAAGAAGUGGUUCCGACUCCCGUCCUCAGCACGUUACCUCGCGCCCUUGAUGGAGUAUGCAGGGCCCCUCCUGAUCGUCGUCGCUACGAGGAUGGUCAGCCUUUCUGCCAUGGCGCUAUCUGCGGCUGCUCUCGGAACCACGGCACUGGCAGGAUAUCAGAUUCUCAUCAACCUCUUCACACUGUUCGCCUUGGUCGGGGAGCCACUGAGCCAAGCGGCGCAGGCGCUGCUGCCUCCGCUUCUGGAGAAGAAGGACACGGCCGGAGCCAGGCGGGCGACGAAGAGCCUACUGUUCUUGGGCCUCUCUGCUGGCGCCGUGGCGGGCGCAGGGUCCUUCGCCUGCGCGGCGUUUGGUGGUGGCACCUUCUCGGGCGAUAGUGCAGUCAUCGACGUCGUCCAUCGCAGCGCGCCGGUAUUGAUGUUUGCAGUGGCAGCACUCGUCUUCGCAUACCCCGUGGAUGGCGCAAUGCUUGCGACCAAGAACUUCCGAGUGCUCAUCGCUUUGUCCAUCUUUGGCCUCGUGGCACAGCUUCCAGCUUUGCAGUUGAUCACACGGUCCUUCAGUGGAACUCGGCAACCGGCUCUGGCUUUGAAGUUGCUGAUGAUGACGAUGUUUGUGCGCCUGCUGACGCUGUCGCUCUUCUCUUUGGCACGACUUUGGGCAGACCUUCAGGUGAAGCCUGCUACAGAUGGCGAAGAACGCCAGUGA